AUGUAUAAUAUUGAAAAUAACAGUAUCUUAAUUGAUAAUGAAACAUUUAGUUAUAAAAAAACAAUAAGGGAUAAUAGUAUAUAUAGAUCAAUAAUAAUUGGAAUUAUAAUUUUCCUUUUAAAUAAUUUUUUGAAGAAUUUCAGUAAUUCAGAGAUCGUAUUAGGUUUAUCGCCUAAAUUUAAAAUAUUAUUGUUUAUAAUUUCAUUAAUUUCAAGUUUAUUUGUUACUAUAUUAAUUUCAAAAACCUGUAAAAAAAUAUCAUUAAUAAUUCCAUCAAUUUUUCUAUACUUUUUAUUUUUAACAAAUUGUUAUAUUCAAUUUCGUCAAGACAAUGGCAAUGCUAAUAUAACAGGAGAAUUAAACCAAAAUGGUGAUAUUAGUACAAUUAGUGGUAGUAGUAGUAGUGGCAGUAAUAUUGAUGGCCAAUUUAAAAAUGAUAUAAAUAAACAGAUAUUGGUAACUGUUAUCUCAAUAGUUUCAAUAAUCAUGUCACCAUUUUUCAUUCAAUAUUUUUGGGUAUCAACAAUCGAAUUUAUAAUUAAAAUUUCAAAUCAAUCAAAUAUUGGAUUACAUUUUGGUAUUAUUUUAGGGUUACCAGAUUUUUUAGAUUCAUUAUUUUCAUAUUUAGUCAAACAUUUUACAUUAAAUAAUUAUUAUGAAUUUGGUUUAAUAUUUAUUAUACCAAUAAUCAUUUUAAUUUUAUUAUUAGGUAAAACCAGUAUUACUUGUAAUAAAUUUGAUAAAAUCUGUUUUGAUAGUAAUAGCUUUUUUGAUGGAAAGCAAAUUCAAUAUCAACAAUAUCAACAACAUCAUCACCACCAUCAACAACAACAACAACAUCAUAAUAAUCAAAUUCAAAAUAAUGAAAUACCAUUACCAAGAUCAAUUCAAAUAAAAAGUAAUCCAAUAAUUUCAACAAUUAAAUUAAUGAAAAAAAAAGAAUUUAUUCAUAUGGUACCAGUUAUAUUAUUAUAUGGGUUUAUUGGGAAUUGGUUAAAUUAUGAACUUUUUGAUGAAAUUAUUUUAGGGUAUAAAGCAUCUACACAAUUCAUUAUAAUCUCACAUUUAAUUAGUAGUUGUUUAUGUUUUACAAUUUUUGGAUACUUUAGUUAUAAAUUUAAAAGAACUUUAAUUAUAAUUUCAGUUUUAUUGGUUGGUAUAAUCGGUUCAGUUAUAAAUGUUUUAGUCAUUUAUUAUGAAAUUGAGCUAUUAGAAAAAAAUACAUCUUUAUAUUUCUCAAGUUUAUUAUUCAUUCAAAUGAUAUACUAUUUAAUUGGAAUUCAAAUUUAUAGUCAUAUAUCACACUUGUUUGAAGAUAAAUUCAAUUCAUUAUAUUCUUCAUCAUCGGCAUCAGCAACAGCAGCAGCAGGGGCAGAAAUAUCAUCAGCAAUAAUAUUCUCAUCAAAUUAUUCAUUUUUAUCAUCAGAAUUAUCAAUACCAAUACCAGAAUUAUUUUCAUAUUAUUCACCAUUAUCAAUUUCAGCUGCAAUUAAAUUCACUCAAAUAUUUGGUAGUUCAAUUCUUUACUUUGUUUAUAAUUGGUCCACUUUUUUCAUUAGAUUUAUUGUUUUCAUUGUGUUAUUAAUUAUUGGAACUUUAAGUUUCAUUCAUUCAAUUAAACAUUUAUCAAAGAAAAGUAAUCAAUUUAAACAAUUUUUAAUUUUAAAUUCAAAUGAUGAUGAAGAAUAUAAUGGUUUUUAA